GUGCGCGCGCGUGCCACGGACCCAGUUACACUCAACUCUCAUCCCCAAGCUCCGGUGUGUCCCCGACUCUCCUAUCGACCACCACCCUGUGCAGGUUUAUGAGCACCUUGCAUCGGACUCUGCACUAACGACUCCGCCACGCCGUCCAUACCACUGCACUGCCGUCACAGGACCUGCCUCCAGCCACCCACGAGGACAACUCAGCGAGCAUUCUCUACAGGGCUGGCUCUCAGACUGAAUUUGAAAGCACGACUUAGCCACCUACACUAUCCGUCUGCUUUCCAAUGGCUCGUGGUAUCUCGUCGCUGCUGACCCCGCCCUCGCUGAAUUCGGCAAGCCCUGCACGGGUAACGAUCGGACAUGUACAACUCCGCGACGUUCUCAUAUGUCCACAUGAACGAGGUCUUGUAACAUAUCCACAAAAUCACUCCAUCAUUGAACAUGACAUCCUUGCUCCUACAUCAAAUCCCCGUGCGCUCGCCGAACUCUCAUUCACCCCCAACUCCCUAUCCGCUCUCAAUGUCCCUAAUACAGAUGACACUCUAUUGGCAGCUGGCGGCCAGGAUGCAGAAUUAUACCUGUCAUUGUUCUCCUCCACUCCGCAAGAAUGCAGCAGUACUGGUUUCUCGCGCCGGGCUACCAGGGGAUUCGGGCGCAGGCAGUGGGAGAGUAAAUGUAGGAUAGAGCCGGGGUCGAUCAACAACUCGGUGCUGCUGACAUCGCUCAGUCUGACCAGCUCCCAUGAGAGCAGUGUCGAGCCCCGAUUAUUCGUCAGCAACAACGAUCGAACAGUCAAGUUCUUCGAUGUCUCCCUGCGGCGCGUCAAGGGCGACGGCGCCCUGCCGAGGCUGUCCGAAGCCGGUCAGUGGAGACUAGACGUUCCCGUGAAUCAUUCGUCGAUAUCUCCAGACGGGCGCACCCUACUUUGCGUGGGCGACUCGCCUGACGUAUACCUCCACCGUAUCACAGGAGGAUCUCGGAUCACGGUUAUUCCAAUAUGCAAGCUAUCUUUGUCUCCAUACAUCGCCUACAACCCGUAUUCCUUCUCGAUGUCUAGCUCUUCGACAGCUAUACCCGCGUCAUUCAGCACUGCAUUCUCAGCCGACGGAUCGAAGUUCGCCGUAGCAUCCCAGGAAGGGGCGGUGGUCGUGUGGGACGUACGGAGCACGAAGCCCUUGAAGGUGUUCCAGACAGACAAGAGCAGGACCUCCAAGACUGGUACCGGGUAUGCCAGCGGAUUCCUUUACGAAGAGCCGUGGGAUUGGUCGAGGGGGUCUAUCAAUGCUCCAGGAUGGGGCGUCCGAAGUGUCAAAUUCAGCCCUCCGGGCGCUGGGAGAGAGAUCAUGACUUUCACGGAGCACACUUCCCUCCUUCACGUUGUGGACGCGCGCACAUUUGAAAAGGAAGAGAUCGUGCGGAUGCCCGACUUUGACUAUAUCCCGUCAAUGCGCCAAUCGCCCGUGCGCCCCAGAUCUGUAUCGCCACUGUUGUCUCAGACAUACGGAACGAGUAGGCCAUGGGAAGAUGCUCCCCCGCCACCGCCGCCACGCAUCAUGCUGUUCAGCGGAGCGCUCGAAGACACUUUCCGGAUACCACCAUCGGAGAGCUCGCGGCGGCGAUCUCAUCCGAGUCGCCAUCCACAUGGCGGAGAAGAGUAUCGCAAUGCUGAUGAUGAUGUGGAUGGUAUCGUUGUGAUACCGCCACUUGGAGAUAGACAAGUGGAGAACGACGUUCGACGAUUGCUUUCGCAGCAUGGCCUGCGGGCACGAUCAGCCGUCCUCGACCCGGAGCAGAUGCAUGACAAUCGCAUGGACGAUACGAUUGGGCGCGAGCAUGAUGAGGACCCUGCGGAAGACGAGAUGGACGUCGAUGAGCUGGAAGCUGACUGCUUCUCGUCGCAUGCACCGUCUCGCUCGGCGUCUCCGUCGCCUGUUAUCCCAUCGUCGGGGACGCGGACAUCUGAGCGCGGCCGCGUCUCUCGCCCCACCCACCUUCUGCGCCGGGAGAGCUCUGGCCCAUAUAGCACGCGGCGGGCGACGGGGGGUGUGCCUCGUAGGCAUCGCAGGGGCGGCCAGGCAGAUGGGGGUGAGCUUGAUCAGGACCUGGCAGGUACCUGCUUCGAUCCGACGGGGACGCAUGUGUACGUGGCGUCUGUGAAGGGCGUCGCUGAGUGGACGGUGCGUGGCGCCGACCAGCGAUGGUGGACGAAUACGACCUGGGCCUGAGUCAUGAUGUCGUGUCUGUGUAAUAGUAGUACUGUGCAUUUGGUUAGGUAUUUCCCAUUUACUAUAUUGCAACGUGUACCUGCGACCCAUACUUCUGUACACAUGGACUUCCAAUAGGGCCUGCCUGACCAUGUUCAAUGUCUGCUGUUCUAUAGCGUUGCUGGAUACUUGUACCUGUAAAUAUAUAUUAUGUAUCAGUAGUGCUGUCCCAACUCAGAGACCUGUUGGAUGACUCG